AUGCGGCUAGCAGAGGCAGCUCAACCCCAUCUCGAGGAGCUUCGCCAGAACGAGAACUACAACCUCGAUGGCCCCUUGACCGAGGUCGACAUCGACAUGCCUCUCACUCGCACUCAGGUCAUCAACCAGGGCGACAAGCAGAUGGUCGAGCUCAAGUUCGCACCGGACGACAAAGAAAACCCCUUCAAGUGGGGAAAAUGGAAGAGACGAUUCAUCUCGACACAACUCAACCUCAUGACCCUGUUCAUCGGUCUCGCUACUACUGCAUACAGUUCCGGUAUCAACAGCAUGACCGCCGAAUUCCAUCGCUCAACUGAGAUGGGUCAACUCGGUCUAUUCACUUUCAACAUGACCUGCGCCCUUGCUCCGCUGUUCCUGGCUCCAUUCUGCGAGCUUGUUGGCCGUAAGAUCAUCUAUGCAGGUGCCUACUUCCUCUUCUGUCUCUGCUUCAUUGGUCUUGCUCUUGGACAGAACAUUGCCACCAUCCUCGUCAUGCGUACACUUCUUGGUCUCUUUGGUUGUGUUGGUACUAUCCUUGUUGGUGGCACCUUCAGCGACAUGUACGACGUUCACGAGCGCGCCAGACCCAUGGCCUUCUUCUCAUACGUUGCCAUCCUCGGUACGGUCGGUGCCCCCAUCUAUGCCGGCUUCAUCGAUAUGACCAUUGGUUGGAGAUGGAUUGAGGGUAUCCAGGGACUGAGCAACAUUCCUCUCCUCAUCUGUAUCUUCUUCUUCUUCAAGGAGACUCGUGGAGGUGUUGAGCUUCAAAAGCGUGCCAAAGCUGUUCGUAAGGCCACCGGUGAUGAUCGCUACCAGAGCGCCAUGGACUUUGAAACCCCCAGUGUCCAGGCCAUGCUUAAGGCCUCUUCGGUCAAGGCUAUUUACAUGUUGGCCACCGAGCCUGUUGUCUUCUUGUUCGGUCUCUGGAUCGCCUUCUCCUGGUUCAUAGUCUUCUUGUUCCUGUCCGUCAUUCCCAUCACUUUCCAAGAGAAGCGUGGCUGGAAUGAGGGUGUUGGUGGUCUGCCCUACAUCUCGCUUUGUGUUGGUGUUACUCUCGGCUGGUUGGCCCACCACAUCCAAAUGAGAAGAUACCUUCGUCUUACCCAGGACCCCAACCACAAAGUUGUGCCUGAGGACCGUCUUUGGGCUGCUCUCUGGGGUGCCGUCUGGAUGCCUAUCGGUCUCUUCAUCUACAGUUUCACUCAGUAUGGAUAUCUGUCUUGGGUCGGCCCUACCAUCGCCCUUGCACCCAUCGCAUUCGGUGUCUACUUCAUCUUCGAGUCAACCUACAGUUACACUGCCGAUUGUUACGGAGAGAGCUCUUCUUCGGCCAUCGCUGGUCAGGGUCUUAUGAGAAACACCCUCGGUGCUGUGUCACCCCUCUUCGCUUCCCAGUUCUUUCAUAAUGUAGGCAGUCAGUACGCCGGCCUCAUCCUGUCGCUCAUCGCUUGCGUUCUCACCCUGGUGCCUUUCGUAUUCUACAAGUACGGACACCUGAUGCGUGCUCGCUCGAAGCUUGCCAUUGUCUACUAA